AGAUGUAUUGUUAAAGCUACACAUUAUAGUUAAGUACAAUUUCCACCACAAACCAUUAAAAUGUCAUCUUGUACUUUGCAUCAUCUCAUUGGAAUCCAAAAUUUAAACGAAAUUCACCAAUUCUUGUUUCAAGAAGAAAAUGAUGAUACGAACGCACCUGAAGAAGUAACUUGGGAUGAAGGUUGGUCGGAUAACUGGGAAGAUGUGAACCAACCUGAUAGUAAUGAGGGGGCGAAUGAAGAGACAAGUUAUCGCAACAGUUGGAUUCAAGACUGCAGCGUUUCUAUCUCGCCAACAACAACUUUUAUGGCGAUCGCUUACCAAGAUAAAGCUGUAUUUCUUGAAGCCAAAAGUGAUCCAACUGGUUUUAAAUCAUCUUCAAGUUUUGUUGUUUCAUCGAAAGGAGUUUUACAAGAAGAACCAGGGGAGAUAGUGACCGACAUACUAUGUUUACCCCUCGUUUCAUUGAAGCGAUCCUCGCACGGAAGCACUGACUGGACUUGUGUGGUGGUUGGCUUCUCAACUGGUUACGUGAGGAUGUAUACGGAGACUGGUUCCUUGAUUAUCUCUCAACUCCUGCACGAGAUACCGGUUGUUCAGCUUAACUGCCGAACAUACGAAGGGAAUAAAACUUCGCAUAAUAAUUCCGCCGAAGUGGGAGAUGAACUAACCAUCUUAUACAACGAUACACUUAUUGUGAUCGAUGGGUUCAGUUUGUUUCAAACAUUAAGAGCAUGUAGGAACCAAGUCGCAUUAGCUGCAGCGAGUGGUAUGACCAGUAUAGACCCUCCCCCUUUGUCUUAUAAAAAGUGGAUACUACGUGGGUUAGGUCCCAUCAAGUCCCAUGUAAGCCCUGGUACCAUUGUACUUAACCCGUUCGACCAGAUGCACACGGCUUCUAUACUUGGUGGAUUCAAUGCAACAGUAUCAACUAACUUGCCCACCAUGUCACAAUAUGUAACUGUGGGAACUUCUCCUUUUGUGGGAUUCUCAUACGCACUGGAUGGUACCAGCCAACCCCUACUAUCCCAUGUUGCAUUAGCUGUAGCAAGCAAACUCAAGUCUGCUUUGUUCAAUGCAGCAAGUGGUUGGUUAAGUUGGGGUAAAGGAGCCAAACCUAGUGAAGAUCAAAGUAAACAAAAACCAAAGGUUGAGCUAGGCACCCCAUUAGACAUACGUAGCGGCUUACCUGAUCUAAGAAGACAAGGCCACUCUAUUGUUCUUGCUCCUUCUGCAUGGUUGGGAGCCACAACUGAUAGCUUUGGCCGUGUUAUGCUGCUGGAUUUGAACAAAGGAUAUGCGUUGAGGAUAUGGAAAGGUUAUCGUGACGCCCAAAUUGCCUUCGUUCGUUCCCAUGACGAUACACAGAAGCACCGACACUCAAGUAGCCCCCCCAGAAGUGCGCUGUUCCUUGUAAUAUACGCACCAAGACGUGGCCUGCUUGAGAUCUGGUCGUGUAUUAACGGGCCGAGGGUUGGAGCUUUUAAUAUCAGUAAAAAUGCAAGGUUACUUUGUCCCGGUUACAAAAUGUUUGGUAUGAACAACUCCAGUACUACACAUACACCUAGCAUGCUUGAGUGCUGUGUGUUGGGUACAGAUGGUGAGGUACAAGUUAUAACGGUUCCUUUCCAUCUUGCAUUGAGUGACCCUGGAAGCCACAAAGCUCGAGACAUUCAUCUUUUAAAGAAAGUUGGUCAAUUACUUCAUAAGAAGAAAACAGAAUCCACCGAGAUAGUUAAACUUCUCCUUGAGAUGCGUCUCCCAUCCUUCCAGCAACAAGGGGUGGUCAAACUUAUGCAAAACAAAUCUAUCGAGAUAAAUGUUUUGAAAAGUUGUUUGGAACAAGUGUUGGAAAGAACAAAACAAAGUGUAAAACGAGAUGAUCAAAAUUUUGUUGAAUUCCUUCAAUUCCAUUCUCAUGUCGUGAAUCUUUAUGAACAGAUGAACAAACUUAAUAAUUCAGCCUCAUAUGAAAAAUCUCAUGAACCAAAGGCAGCAGAAGGGCUUGUAGAACUUCUAAACAUCAGCAAAAGUGAAGCAGAUAACGCAAUACAACUACAAGAUGAUUAUCUUAACUCUGGUUGUCUGCCUUCUGUUUUGUUUAAGGAAGACCACUCAGUCCGAAUCUCCGAGUUUAUAUCUUGCGUCUCAAUUGAUGUUGACGUCCCAUCCAUGUCAAAACUACCAUUGGAUGAUGAAGCAAAGUUGCAUAUAUUUGGUAAAUUCAUUUUCCAUUCUUCGUUAUUUGGCAAUGUAUCCCCACAUGAAGUGCUACAAACCAUAGAUAACAAUAUACAAUUUGCAAAGAAAGAUUUGCUUCGUGCUUUGUUCGUUUAUUGGCAGGAGAAUGAAAGGCUUGCAUUAGAUGAUAUUUCUGAAACUUCCAGCAAACUCCUCACUUUUGUAAAAUUGCUGAGUCGGCACGAACAUAACGCUGACUCAUCAUGUGACUCGAGCUCCUCCUGGUGGGCGUGGAUACGCACGGAAGUUUGCGUCCCGUCCAUGAAACCAUUCGCAGCUUACCUGGUAUCGCUUGUAUGCAGAUCAGUGGCUAUUGCUUUCAAAGCCACAAACGAAAAGGGUGAAGCCAAGGAUGCUGUUAUCACAGAAGGGGAACCACCCACCUAUGAGGAAUCAUGCCAUGGUACAAAGGAAGCCACCAUGAAUAUGGAAUGGGAAACAUUAUGGGUUGAUUUGGAGCAUUGGAAUCUUGUUGUUACUCAGUUGGAGGAUUGUGUUGCUGUGAACACUUGUAUUGGGAUGGCUAAGAAACUAUCUCUCCCAGAGGAAGCUGUCAAUGUUUCUGUUCAUGAUUUGUUGAAUAAUGGGCCUGGUUUUAUAUCGGAGUUGGUGGCACGUGUCGUAUCUUCGUGCAAUCUCCAUCCUAAUGUUGUUGAUGGUGGGAUUCAGGAGGGUCGUGCGGAUAUAGAGGGGAAUUUAAUAGAUUUCCUCCACACAAAGUUACAGAGGAGAUUCCCAGUUAGUUUGUCUUCCAACACCCUUCAUGCUCAUUGUUGUUGGGAGGAUGUGGUGGCCUGGAAUAAAGACCCUGAGGUUAUUUCCCUCUUAUCACGGUCUGUUGCACACAUAGAGAAAAUCAAAUGCGACCCUCACGUACAACAUGGGCUAGCAUUGCUUGCAUGGCAUACUUUUGUGGGGAAGAAGUUUCUAGCAUUGGCUAAACUUAUCGACAAAGUUGGAAAAUCACCAAAAGACAGACUUUGUAGAAAGGACGUAGGCAUCAGUGACUCCAGCAUGUCUGACUUUUGUCGAUGUUGCAAUCUUCUUCUACAAACCAUCUCCGAUGUUGAUCCCGAUCAAUUCCCUCAUCCUGGACAUCCAGAGGAGAAUGAUCCUGUCAACCCAGAUGAGAGUCGUUCUGGUGACAAUCUAAUGUAUGAAGAUGCAUGGCGCGAUGCGGUUGGCAAACAAUCUAUUGUUGAAAUGUCUCGUGAGCAACUGACGGCUAACUAUGAACUUGUGCAACACAACAUGCAUCUAUGUUUCAUUCUACAUUCUGUGAUGGAAUUCAACCUACGAGGAGUAAAACCACUGACUCGGUUAUUUGACACGACGGGGCUAAAAUGCUUCACGGAUGAAUUAACAUCGACGAAAUGUAAAUUACCCGACCGCGACCACAUCGAUCUCGCUGUGUCAAGUGAAAGGAAACAAUUCCUGACGAAACUAGUGACGGCAUCAGUUGCUUCUCACGUGGAUUCAAACAAACCGAUAAGCGAGAUGAAACGCUGGGUUGAAACGUCGUUACAAAUGGCAUCCGAGUUUCAACUGGAUAGAAAUAUGAUCCAACUGCAUUACGUGAAUGAGUUAUUUCGAUAUGGUCUUGAUGAAGAUGGUUAUGAGGCAUCACACACCGUAUCAGACGUUGACGUACUUGGAUCUACCCUCAUAUUAAUAGUUGGUCAGCGAUUAUCCUUCUUCCUCCUUAACACAAGUCCCGAUGAUGGCGUCAUCCUGCUAUCACAGAUGCCUCCAACCGUUAGUACGUGGAUCAGAUCUCAGGAUCAUAGCCAGCUAGCGAAGGCAGACGUCAGUAUUGAUAUGACCCACGAACUUGCACAGAAGGUUGCUUACAUGUUACCUGAACAACAUUCACAAUAUUCCAUGGGAUUAUAUUUACUUGAAGCAGCUUCUGCUAUCAAGAACUCAUAAUUACUAAAUGGUCCUAUAUUGGUCUACAAUUUCUAUUUCCACCUAUUUAAACUUUCCUGUUAUUUCUUUCUUUAUUGAUUUGUGUUAAAUGCCUUUCAUUUGCUUGAAUGAAUUAAAUUAGCAAUAUCUUGAAUUCAUACCUGUUAAGUUAUACCAAGUGUUUUACAAUUGCCUUUAUGUGUCGGAUUUAUCUAAAUUGAUAAGAAUAUUUAGUUUUUUCUUUCGAAUUGGACGUUAGAACGUUUGAAAACGUUAUAUUUUUUUAUAAUGUACUAAAAGUGGCGAAUUGUGUUGUUAAAAUGCAAAAAAUGGUCAGUUUGAAUACAAACAUAACAACCCA